UUGUGCGGGCGUUACUUAUAUAUUGCUACUACUGCAACGUUAUACGAUUAUACUCUGAAGGAAAACUCUACCUUUGUUGUAGCUUUGUUCAGCCGGUGCAGUCAGUGGAGGUUAACCGUAGAAAAUGGCAAACGUCGACCUCGUUCAACUCGGAAAGAACUUGUUAAAGAGGGGUGAAACUGGAGAGAGUGUAGAGCUCCAGUCCCUGUGGCAGGAUCAGCCGGUGGUGUUGUUCUUCCUGCGCAGGUUUGGCUGUCAGGUGUGUCGGUGGAUGGCGACAGAGAUCAGCAAGCUAGAGCCGGACCUGAGAGCCGGCGGUGCGGCGCUGGUGGGGGUCGGACCAGAGGAGUUUGGGCUGAAGGAGUUCAUGGAAGGAGGGUUCUUCAAAGGAUCCAUUUAUGUUGAUGAACACAAGACAAGCUUCAAGGAUUUGGGCUUUAAAAGAUACACAGCCUUGAAUGUGGUACCUGCUGCUUUGGGGAAGAAAGUACGAGAUGCAGCUGCAAAGGCCAAUGCUGAAGGCAUCAAGGGAAACUUCUCAGGAGAUCUGCUCCAGACCGGAGGCAUGCUUAUUGUGUCUAAAGGUGGAGAAAAGGUCCUCUUGCACUUUAUCCAGGAUUCACCAGGAGACCACGUACCUCUGGAGGAUAUUUCCAAAGCGUUGGGUAUCUCAUCCAAAGCAAAAGCAGGACAGAUGUCAGUGUGCAAUGAUGAUGUUUGUACACGAUGAGGACAGCUGCACAUCAUACCAGAAGAAUAUCUACAAAUCGAAAAGCUAAAAUGAAGAUUUGAAGUGGAAUGUCAGCAACACGUGACCAUAAAACUACAGCCAAUUUUCUUAAUUGCUUGUAAGUUAUUUGUGACAGCCACAUAUGUAAUUGUAUUGUCUGCAGUGAAAGCAUCAGGGACAUUCCUUUCAUUAUUAACGUUUAAUUGUAUGUGAAUUUUUUUUAACUUGAGCUAAUAUUGGCUUUUUAUGAAUUUGCAUUUAUUACAAUCAGUUUAUAAAAUAGAUGAAUCAUUUAUAUGUAUAAAUUAUAAUAAAAGUUUAAAAACGUUUCUUUGCUUCAGUCAAUGAGCAGUUUCAUGCAGCCUCCAGUGGAGUUUUAAUAAAAGGUGAGGUCUCUAACUUGACAGAGCUAUACUGAAGAUAUGAUAGAUCAAUUGUUAAAGACAUUAAUAAUGAAAAACUAUAGUGGCUCCAUCACAAGACCACAGAGUUUUCUUUACUCGACUUCUUCACUUUAUAUCCACUGCUGUGUUGACUCUCCUUCAAUGUGUUGACCUGAGACUUAAAACUAGAAUAACGUAUUUUUGUUAACCUCCAGUGUCUCUCAACUUUGUGAGAUAUGAUUAAAAAUAAAAUGUUUUUUGUGAUGGUGAUGCCGUCGCCUCAGAGUCACACACUUGCUUGAAAUGUAUAAUUUUUGUGCAAUUGAUUCUUUGGACAAAUUUCUCAAAACGUGGCACCUAAGUAGUCCUUACGCGCCAUCAUAACUCAACAUCUGUCCUAUUAGAACUAGACAUGUAUUGCUGAUGUAGCAUUUUACUAUUGAAAGUUAUUAAUAUUAUGGUGU